UGAUUACGUUAUCGCAUCUCACGUCAGACCUUUGGAGACGACUAUUGGAGAGCUGUCUUCCAAGGUUGUCUCGAACCUCAGCCGCCGCAAAUCUCUCGCUCGAAUUCCGCCGACGGCCAUAUUUAUUAGCUCACGUCCCCUGGUCCAGUCUCCGCUGCUACCCUUUAUCGAUCCUCCAUGAUCUACCUGCCAGUCAUCUGGGAAGACAUGAGCCAUCGCCUGCUCAUCUCACAACCAUGAACGGCCAGCAGCAGGGCUUCGGCCCCCCUUUCCAUGGAGGACAGCCGCCGAUACCACCACGGCCGCCGGUUGGCGUCCCACCGCCGGGUGCAAAGAACCAGACCAUGUUCCAGGGCUUCGAGUGGUACGUCCCGGCGGAUCAUCAGCACUGGCGCCGGCUGGAGAAGGCGUCGCCCGCCCUCGCGGCCCUCGGCAUCACAAGCAUGUGGAUCCCUCCGGCGUGCAAGGCGAGCUGGUACACGGGCAACGGUUACGACAUAUAUGACCUUUACGAUCUGGGCGAGUUUGACCAAAAGGGCUCCCGGCACACCAAGUGGGGCACUAAGGAGGAGCUUGUGGCGAUGGCCGAGAGCGCCGGGCGUUAUGGGAUCCGGAUUCUGUUCGACGCGGUGUUGAACCACAAGGCCGCGGCGGACUACAGCGAGGAGGUUGCAGCUACCAAAUACGAAGGCGAAGAUCGGACCAAGGUCAACGAAGAGUCGUGUGUGAUUGAGGCGUGGUGCGGCUACGAAUUUCCUGGACGAGGCUCCGCUUAUAGCCCUCUGAAGUGGAACAAGGAGCACUUCACCGGGAUUGACUAUGACCACAGGACGCAAUCAAAAGGCGUCUGGAAGUUUGAGGGCAAGGAGUGGGCGCAGGACGUCGAUGAGGAGCUCGGGAGCUAUGAUUACCUCAUGUUCGCCGAUGUGGAUCACAACCACCCAGAGGUCCGGCGAGACCUGUUCUACUGGGUGACGUGGCUCGCUUCCCAGGUCAGGCUGGGCGGUCUGCGCCUGGACGCCGUCAAGCACUACUCCGCGAGCUUCCUGCGAGAUCUUGUCCAUCACAUUGAUCGCACUGUCGGCAGGGACUGGUUCAUUGUUGGCGAGUAUUGGCGAGAUGACUCGAAUGUGCUGUCCAAAUUCAUCAGCUUCAUGGGAGACCGCAUCUCGCUUUUCGAUGUGAGGCUCGUUAACAACUUCUCGAGAUUGUCCUUCCAAGACAGAGCGGAUCUUCGCACGGUCUUCGAUGGCUCGUUGGCGUCGAUCAGGCCCCGGCACGCUGUGACAUUUGUCGCAAAUCACGAUACGAUGGAAGGCCAGUCACUGGCAGCUCCUAUCGCGGAGUAUUUCCUGCCCUUGGCAUACUCUCUCAUUCUUCUCCGCGCCGACUGCGGCACCCCAUGCGUGUUCUACGGCCACUUAUAUGGCUAUCCCCGUCCGGACGGCAACGGCUUCAACGAGCCCCCAUUUGCAGGGAAGCUCCUGCCCAAGAUCGUCCAGGCACGCAAGCUCUUCGCGUACGGGCCCCAGAUCGACUACUUCGACCAUCCCCACUCGAUCGGCUUUACAAGACUGGGCUUCCCACAAUACGGAACGGCGGGAAUGGCCGUGGUCAUGACCAAUGGCUGGACACACACGACAAAACCGAUGUUUGUUGGUCCCGAGCAUGCCGGCGAGAGAUGGACGGACGUCUUGGGCGGUUGCUGGGGCGAGGUCGUGAUCGACCGCGAAGGAUGGGGUGUCUUUGCUGCUGGACCGAGGAGUGCAGCAGUAUGGGUGAACAGGCAAGCCUCAAGGCGAGAUGAGAUCGACUGCUUCUCGUUUGACUACGACAUCUACGACCGAGGUGUUCACGACAGUCCCGUGACGGCGAACGAUCUGCACAAACCCAGACUAGAAACAGAGCCUGUGUGGAUGAGGGCAAUGGGGCUUUGACGUGAUAGGCAACUAAAUGGCGCAGGACGGAAACAUCGGGUACAGGCUAUACACGUAUAGACUUUAAAGCCACCCCGGGGCAUGCUUGUGGAGUUCAGAUCAUUAAUGUUGGAAUGAGUCGCGCGGAACAAGACGGAAUAGACGUAGGGUUCAUGCGGGGAUAGACCGGAACAACCGUGUUUAUAAGUAGACCACAUCAUACGGGUCAUACCUACUAGCUAUACAAUCAAUCACGCGUUCGAGUG